CACAUCGACAACCACCCCAUCGACCUGCCGCUCCCCGGGACUUUCACAAUGAAGUUCAUGAAAGUGGGCCGUGUGGCCAUCGUUACCCGUGGCCGUUAUGCCGGUAAGAAGGUCGUCAUCAUCAACCCCAACGACACUGGCUCCAAGGCGCACCCCUUCGCCUACGCCAUCGUUGCCGGUAUCGAGCGUUACCCUCUGAAGGUCACCCGCCGCAUGGGCAAGAAGACGGUUGAGAAGCGCAGCCGCGUCAAGCCUUUCAUCAAGGUUGUCAACUACAACCACUUGAUGCCCACUCGCUACACUCUCGAGCUCGAGGGCCUCAAGGGUGCCGUUUCCGCCGACACCUUCAAGGAGGUCUCCCAGCGUGAGGACGCCAAGAAGACCGUCAAGAAGGCUCUUGAGGACCGCUACACCAGCGGCAAGAACCGGUGGUUCUUCACUCCUCUGCGUUUCUAAACGGGGUAUUUUUGGGCGUUAUGUCGUUUGAGCGCGCAAGGUCUGAGGUGAGGCAAAGGGAAAAAAAGGCAUCGAGCACAUUCGGUUCAGGAGCAUGGGAUGACCGGAAAACGUAUACCAUCGCUGGAGGAAGAAUUGGGGAUGUAUCGAUGUACAAGUCCAGGACUUGGCCAUUUUCUUUUUUAAUGAAGGAGGCCACUCAGAACUGGCAUCCUCGAAAUGAAAUGGAAAUAUGAACAAAUUCAAACUUUUCUUUGUG